AUGUUUCAGAUGAGAUUCUUCUAUGCACUGCUGUGCUUCAGCAUCACUUGGGCAGCAGAGGGUGAAAGCACCUUUGAAGAACAUGGAGGAGGAGUACGUGGUCCAAGAAUAGUGGAGCAUAAAGCUCAGUCUGACUGCAAACAAGAUAAGAACUGGCCACUGUGUGCUGAUGAUGACUGGGGCUCUAAAUGUCCUUCAGGAUGCAGGAUGCAAGGGCUAAUAGAUGAAACAGAUCAUGACUUUGAUAGCAGAAUAGAAAAACUUAGGAAAAUGCUCUUAGAAAACCAAAACAGCUACAAGAAAGCUGUUAUCGUAAAGCAGGACACCAUCGACGUUCUGAGCCAAAAUCUGGUAAAUGAGUAUGAUAGAGACAAUAGCUAUGGACAGUUAUCUGAUGAUCUGAGGAGGAGACUCGUGACACUGAAACAGAGAGUUGUCACCCAAAUGACCAGGAUUAGAGCACUUCAAAACAGCAUCCAAAAUCAAGUUACAGAGAUAAAUCGUUUAGAGGUGGAUAUUGAUAUUAAAGUACGUGCCUGCCAUGGAUCUUGCGCUCGAGGUGUUGCCUUCAAUGUGAACCCAGAGAGCUAUGACACCAUAAGGAAGCAACUUGUUCAAGUUAGUGGCAUCAACUUGCAACCAGAAUUUCAAAGUAAUCCCUUGAGGGUCCUGAAAAUACGACCGCUGAAAGACUCUACUGUUCCUGAACAUUACAAAAGUCUUCUCUUGUCUGAAGAAGACACAAAAACACUUAAUAAAUUAAGUCUGUAUGAAGCAGUAUUAGAAGGUCCAGGAUCAGCAUCUGGAGGUUCAGCUGUAGUCACCAAGCAUGUUGUCUCAGAAGCAGGUUCAGAUCGACAACCACAUACCACCAAGGUAGUCACUCCUGGUUUUCUGGAUGGACUACCAGAAGAAACAGGAGGCUCCAUCAACAUCAAAGUGACCUCUACUGGUGGUGGAAGUGGCUUCUCUGAUCUCCGUUUGUCAGAUGUAAAAGAGUUUUUCACCCCAGAUGCCACUAGCAAACUCCACGGAACAAGCACCAGGACCCAUGUUGAGCAUUUUGAAGGACCUGACAUUAUCUCUGACCUACAGGAGGGAGAAGAUGAUGAUUUCAGAAUGAUUCACCUCUUACCUGAAUCCCAUUCUAAAACAAGUGGCACCUCAUCACAUUCCAGAACUGUCAUAACCAGCAGCAGUAGAACUAGUAGCGUCAGCAAAGGGGGCUCCACUUUUGAAACCAAAUCACUAAAAAUUUCUUCACCAUUUGAGGAGACACAUAGUUUGCAACAUGAUGAAAGUGGAGAGGAUGCUCCUGAUUUUCGGGCACGCAGCUUGAGCACAGGCGGAGAGAAGCUGGGGGAAAGCUACAUCGGGACAGACUGUGAGGAUAUCCAUCAAAAACACACUUCUGGUGCCCAAAGUGGCAUUUUCAGAAUCAAGCCAGCAGGAUCCACUAAGGUUAUUUCAGUUUAUUGCGACCAAGAGACCAGUUUGGGAGGAUGGCUUCUGAUCCAACAGAGAUUUGAUGGGUCAUUGAAUUUUAACCGGACCUGGGAAGACUACAAGAAAGGUUUCGGCAGCGUGGAUGGCAAAGGGAAUGGAGAGCUCUGGUUGGGCAAUGAAAAUCUCCAUAUACUGACCCAGAAGGACACUGUCCUUCGAGUGGAAGUAGAGGACUGGGAGGGCAAUGAAGCUUAUGCAGAGUAUUAUAUGCAUAUAGGUUCUGAACUGGAAGGCUAUAGCCUCAGUGUCUCCGAUUAUGAGGGCACAGCUGGAGAUGCUCUGAUCAUAGGCUCAGAGGAAGAAGGCAGUGAAUACACCACUCACACCAACAUGAAGUUCAGUACCUUUGACAGAGACAGUGAUCAGUGGGAGGAAAACUGUGCUGAAGUCUAUGGAGGUGGGUGGUGGUACAACAAUUGCCAGGCUGCUAACCUCAAUGGAAUUUACUACUCAGGAGGUCAAUAUGACCCAAGGAACAACAUUCCUUAUGAGAUUGAAAAUGGUGUGGUGUGGGUCCCCUUCAGACCCUCAGAUUACUCUCUCAAAGUUGCUAGAAUGAAAAUUAGGCCUGUAGAGACAGAUUAG